AUGAAAUUAGGAUGUAAUGAAAUAAUGAUAACAUCAAUUUAUUUUGAUAGUAUUAAUGAUUUUAUUAAUUUAGAAAUGGGGGUCAAAAGAUAUAGAGGAAAUAUGGAACGAUUUCAUUUUAAUCCAAUUCCUUUAAAUGAAUAUUCAAGAAGAUUCUUUCCUAAUAUUGAAACAUUUCAUAGUUAUAAUAAAAAGGAUAAAACAUUUAAUGAUGGCAGAAUAUUUAAAUAUAUAAUAUGGUAUUUAAUAGAUUAUUCAACAUAUUUAAAAGAAAAAGAACAAGGAAAUAUAUGUAAAAAUAUAGAAUAUACACAAUAUGAUAGAAUUAAAUAUGGAAACAAAAUACCACAAGAAGUUAAAUCAAUUGGAAAUAAUUGUUUUGAAGGAUAUAAAUCAUUAAAAUCAAUUAAGAUUCCAACAACAAUUAAAGAAAUAGGGCAUUGGUGUUUUGAAAAUUGUUCAUCAUUAAAGACAAUCAAUAUACCAACAACAAUAACUAAAAUAGGAUUUGAUUGUUUUAAAGGAUGUAAGUCAUUAAAGUCAAUUACUAUAGAUAAGCUACAAUUUGUUUGUGAAGAAAGAAUAUUUAUGAAUGAACCAGUGUUAGUUAGUAUUAAAAUACCAGAAAAUCUACAAUUGAUAAAUAAAACAAGAGUUGAAAAGAAAGACAUUAAUGAAUUUAUUAUUCCAACAACUAUUAAUGAAUUAGAUGAGUUUUGUUUUGAUACUUGUUCAUUAUUAAAAUCAAUUCUUUUACCAUCUACAAUCAGUGAAUUACAUGUUCGUUGUUUUGAAAAUUGUCAAUCAUUAAAAGCAAUCAAUAUACCAACAACAAUAACUAAAAUAGGAUUUGAUUGUUUUAGAGACAACACAUCACUGACAUCAAUUAAUAUAGACAAUCUACAAUUUAUUAGUGAAGAAAGAAUAUUUAUGAAUGAACCAGUGUUAGUUAGUAUUAAAAUACCAGAAAAUCUACAAAUAAUCAAUGGAAAAAGAGUUGAAAAGAAAGAUGUUAACGAAUUUACUAUACCAACAACUAUUAAUGAAUUAGAUGAGUUUUGUUUUGACACUUGUUCAUCAUUAAAAUCAAUUAUUAUUCCUUCAUCAGUUAGUAAAUUAGGACUUUGUUGUUUUAGACAAUGUUCAUCAUUAACAUCAAUUAUUAUUCCUUCAUCAGUUACAUCAUUUGGGAUGUGGUGUUUUAGUAAAUGUGGAUGUGCAAAAGAGUUAAAGAAGAAUAAACAAAUACCAAGAAAUUGCUUUUAA